AAAAUAAAUAAAUGUAAACCUCAUAUUAAAGUUUGCUUUAGGUCACCAAAUUUGUUGAAUGACACUUAAAUGCCUCAUCCUGCAUUUUAGAAGUCAUCUACCUAAUUAUCUUGGAGCACUGAAAUGGCGCCAAGGUUAAUAUGAAAAAACAACACUACUUUUUUGACCAUUUCUCACCAUGUUAAUGACAGCAAGGAUACAAACGCGAAACAAGCUACUGCAUCAAUAUCCAAAUCCCAUUUUUGGUUUCAGCACUUUUCCAGCUUCUCUUCUUCACUCUUUAUCCAAUCACUAUGCUUAUCCCACCAUCACUACAAACCAACAACAGCCACCCUAUUCUAUUCCUACAGUUUCAGAUAAAUGCGAGUUUCUAGUGCAAAAAUACCUGUUUUCUUUUUCUGAACAUGAUGCUCAAAAGCUCCAUUUGGAUAUUAUAAAACAUGGGGUUGCUAAAGAUUUGUAUUUGUGUAACACCCUUAUCAAUUUGUACGUAAAAAAUGCUGAUUUGAUCUCUGCUCAUGGCCUGUUCGAUGAAAUGCUAAGCAGAAAUUUAGUUACUUGGGCGUGCUUGAUUACGGGAUAUUCUCAAAAUGGGAUGCCUGAUGAGGCAUGUCGCGUUUUUAAAGAAAUGAUUUCGUCGGGGUUCGUGCCUAAUCAUUAUGCUUGUGGUAGUGCUUUGAGGUCUUGUCAGGGUUUAGGUGAUCGUGGAUUGAGGUUGGGGAUGCAAAUUCAUGGUUUGCUUUUGAAAACAGGGCAUGCUUCUAAUGAAGUUGUUUCCAAUGUGUUGAUAUCGAUGUACGGAAGUUGUGGAGGUAAUGGUGAUUAUGUGUGGCGUGUUUUUGAAGAGAGAGAGAAAAAGAAUUCAGUAUCUUGCAAUUCUAUUAUUUCAGUUUAUGCUCUGCAAGGCCCAGUUUAUGCUUUCGAGCUCUUCUCUUAUAUGCGAAAAGAGGAUAUAGGGUUUACUUUUAAACCGAAUGAGUUCACUUUUGGUACCUUGGUUACUACUGCUGCCAAUUAUGUUAAUUGCGGUUUGCUUUUACUGGAGCAGCUUCUGGCAAACAUUGAAAAGUCUGGACUCUUGGAGGACUUGUAUGUAGGCAGUGCUCUGCUCAGUGGUUUUGGAAGGUUUGGGUCUCUUGAUACAGCAAUGAAGGUUUUUAGGCAGAUGGGUGCAAGGAAUGCAGUGUCCUUGAACGGGCUCAUGGUUGGAUUGGUGAGGCUUGGUCAGGGAGAAGACGCAGCUAAGGUUUUUGUGGAGAUGAGAGACUUAGUUAAUAUCAAUUCUGAUUCCUUUGUGGUUCUUUUCAGUGCAUUUCCUAAAUUCUCUUUGUUGGAAGAAGGGGAAAUAAGAGGUAGAGAGCUACAUGCAUAUGUUAUCCGAACUGGUUUGUGCAACUCCAUGGCUGCUAUUGGAAAUGCUCUGAUUAAUAUGUAUUCUAAAUUUGGUGAAAUCCAAAUUGCCCAUUCUGUUUUCCAGGUCAUGGUUGAUAAGGAUUCAGUAUCAUGGAACUCUAUGAUAUCUGCUCUAGAUCAAAAUGGCUGUUUUGAAGAUGCAAUAUCGACCUUCCAAACUAUGAGAAGAACAGGUUUAAUGGCUUCAUCAAAUUACUCAUUGAUAAGUGCUUUAAGUUCUUGUGGAGGCCUGAAUUGGAUAAGAUUGGGGGAACAACUGCACAGUGAAGGGAUAAAGUUAGGACUUGAUUUUGAUGUUUCAGUGUCUAAUACUCUUCUUGCUUUAUAUGCUGAUACUGGAUGUGUGGCUGAAUGCAAGAAAUUGUUUACCAUUAUGCCAGAACAUGAUCUAGUUUCAUGGAAUUCCAUGAUUGGUGCAUUAGGUGAUUCGGAGACAUCUAUUUCUGAAGCUAUAGAGUACUUCAUACAGAUGAUGCGUGCUGGAUGGAGUCCUAACAAUGUGACAUUUAUAAAUGUCCUUUCAGCAAUAUCAUCUCUUUCUCUUCUUGGUCUUGUUCGUCAAAUCCAUGCUCUGGUGCUAAAAUAUAGUGCAACGGAUGCUAAUUCUAUCGAAAACACAUUUCUUGCUUGCUAUGGUAAGUGUGGGGAAAUGGAUGACUGUGAGAACAUAUUUUCUGGAAUGUCUGACAGGAAGGAUAAUGUGAGUUGGAAUUUAAUGAUCUCUGGAUAUUUACACAAUGAGGUCUUACCGAAAGCCAUGGACUUAGUCUGGCUUAUGCUGCAGAAGGGUCAGAAAUUAGAUGGCUUCACAUUUGCCUCUGUUCUCAGUGCAUCUGCCUCAAUCGCAACAUUGGAGCAUGGCAUGGAAGUUCAUGCUUGUGCAAUUAGAGCCUGUUUGGAAUCUGACAUCGUUGUUGGGAGUGCUCUUAUUGACAUGUAUGCCAAAUGUGGAAGAAUAGAUUAUGCUUCAAGGUUUUUUGAUGUAAUGCCUGUACGUAAUAUAUAUUCAUGGAACUCAAUGAUAUCUGGUUAUGCACGGCAUGGACAUGGACAUAAAGCACUAGAGCUUUUUACAAAAAUGAAGCUGGAAGGUCAAACACCUGACCAUGUCACAUUUGUUGGUGUCUUAUCAGCUUGUAGCCACGUGGGAUUUGUCGAGCAGGGAAUGGACUACUUUAAUUCCAUGAGCAAACAAUAUGGUCUGACACCUAGGAUUGAACAUUUCUCGUGCAUGGUUGAUAUCCUGGGACGAGCAGGGCAGAUGAAUAAAUUGGAGGACUUCAUCAAUAAAAUGCCAUUAAAGCCCAAUGCACUUAUCUGGAGGACUGUGCUUGGAGCCUGUGGUCGAGCAAGCAGUAGUAAAACAGAUCUAGGUAGGAAGGCUGCUCACAUGCUCUUAGAGUUGGAACCUCAUAAUGCUGUGAAUUAUGUGCUUCUUGCAAAUAUGUAUGCUUCAGGAGGGAAGUGGGAGGAUGUAGCAGAGGCUCGGCGUGCAAUGCGAGAAACAACAGUAAGGAAAGAAGCUGGAUGCAGCUGGGUAAGCAUGAGAGAUGGGGUUCAUGUUUUUAUAGCUGGUGAUCAAUCACAUCCGGAUAAACAUGCAAUUUAUGAAAAACUUAAGGAACUGCACAAGAGGAUUAGAGAUGCAGGGUAUGUACCACAGAUUAAAUAUGCGUUGUAUGAUCUUGAACUUGAGAAUAAGGAAGAACUCCUAAGCUACCAUAGUGAAAGACUUGCAGUUGCCUUUGUUCUUACACGGAAAUCAGAUAUGCCUAUAAGAAUAAUGAAAAACCUUCGAGUUUGUGGGGACUGUCACUCUGCCUUCAAAUACAUAUCACAAGUUGUUGGUAGACAAAUAGUAUUAAGAGACUCCCACAGAUUUCAUCAUUUUGCUGAUGGGAAGUGUUCAUGUAAAGAUUACUGGUGAUAGAUCAAAUGCUGUCUAACUUGAAGAAACGGAUGCUACUUAAUGAGGCAUUAACAGAUGAAGCAAUGGAGAAGGUUCAAGCAUGUCAUGUCUGAAGUAUAGGGACAGAGGCAGUAAGUGUGCAAGGGUGUUAAAUCAAGUAUCCUGGUGAGGACCUCAACAUGAACUUAUUAAAGCGUGCCAUAAUCGUGGUGUGGUUUGAAUUACUUGCCAUAUUUCUUUUAACAUUUUAUGACAUGAAUCAGCUAGAAUGACAGCAAAUGACACCAUGAAAUCAAAGAUGCACGUAUAGGGUAAACUGUAUCAAAGGUGCUCUUGCACAAGAAAGGCCUUUGGUUUUGCUGGAGGAUUUCAUUGUGCAGACUCCACAGAUCAUGUAAAGUCCAGUUUUGAUCUCUAAGGAACUCAUCUUCCAGGUGAGUGCUUCAUGGGAAGGCUCAUCUUGUGUGCUAGAUGAGCACACACCCAUGGUACUCCAUAGAUACGGGGUGAGAAUACAGCUGCCAGCUCGAGGAAGAAGUUAACAGCAGUAUGACGAGAAGUGUUCAACAUAGUUAAUCAAGUUCUAACACCAACAUGUUGAUCAAGAGGGUAAUGUGCAUGAGCAGUAUGUCUUCCUUUGUGAUACUCUCGACUACUUCAUCUGAAAAUGCUUGAUAAAAGUGUAUGUAUAUUACCCAGAAGGUUUUACUUCUGUUCUCUACUUGUGCAGUAAAGAGUCCUCUUGUCUGGCUGCAAGUAGCUACAACUAAGGUUACAUUAUAGAUGAACACAAUAACAUGCAGGAUGAUAAACAAUAUGGUCGAUCAUUAGAAAUGGAAUAAUGAAGAUGUAGGUUCCUUCAAUACUGAGAUAGAUUCAUUAUCAGGAUUACUUUACAGUUUACAGAAUGACGAAUGAGUUGGUUGGAAUUUCUCACCCUAGGAAUAGUAUGCUUGGGGUAAGCAAAAAAUUUUGAUAGUGUUUAUGUGCUCUAUUAGAAUGACAUUGUUGAAGUUGAUGACAUGGGUCAUUCCACCAAUAUCUUGUCACUCUCUUUUGAAUUAACAUGGUUAAUGCGCAGA